AUGUGGGUAGUUCCGUACAAUACUCGAGUCGGACCAACAGCGCGGGCGCCGCUGGUUCGAUAUCUACCGCUCGACGUUCUUUCGCGGCUCACUAUAAUCCGGCUGCAGAGCAUACUCGCUCCAAAUUCAAUAGCAAUAAAAAUCUCUUUCACCCUGGAAGUACUGUGCUCAGUGACCUAUGGACCCUUGUGCGAUAUAUUCUGCGGGACUUUAAUAUCUGCGCUGUGCCGACUUGCCCGGGCUCUCUUUAGCCAACUCCAAGACACGAGGUUGCAGGAGGACUGCUGCGCUUCCACGUCCUGU